UCCAGCCGGCGCAUCCACUCUUGGUCACCAGCCCCGUCUCGAGUCCGUCGACGUCCACGGGCGGCAUGGCGGCGAGCAAGGGCGCGAGGAAGAGCCUGGUGUCGAGGACGCUGGAGCGAUGCCGGUCUGGGCUGAACAGCGGUGGCAGGUCGGCGGCGGCGGUGGCGCCGGGGUGCUUCUCGGUGUACGUGGGCCCGGAGCGGGAGCGGUUUGUCGUGCGCGCCGACCGCGCCAACCACCCGCUCUUCCGGCGCCUCCUCGACGACGCCGAGCAGGAGUACGGCUACGCGGCGCAGGGGCCCCUCGCGCUGCCCUGCGCCGUCGACGCCUUCCUCGACGUGCUCUGGCACAUGGACCACGACGUCCAGGACGACGACGACAGCGAGGCAACCGUGGCCCCGUCGACGCCGAUAUGCGGGCUGCAGCGCGCCGGCAGUGGGAACAUCAAGGUCCGGCCGGCGGGGUACCGGGUGCUCAGCCCGGCCAAGUCCACGCCGGCGUCCUUCUUCUUCUCGCAGACGGCGGCUGGCGGUAGGAGGUGAGCUAUAGGCGCGCAGCUAGCUAGCAGGAGCGGGUGCAUGCAGAACCGAGAGGAAUCUGCGCGCGCAUACACAGAUCGAGCAGGUGCUUAAUUUGCAUAUACUUAGACGUCUCAACCCCACACACACGCCUAGCUGAUUUAGAUUGUAAAAGUGGAAGGAAAGAAGAUCUAUUCUAUGCAUGCAUGUAAGCGCGUGUGUUGGAUGUUCUUUGUAUUACCGGUUUCAUGGAAAUGAAAAUUGGGGCUUGAGCUCCUAAAUUAGAAACAAAAAAAUGCGGGUUUAUGUGUGGGAUACACAAAAGGAGAUUAA